AAAGUGGGAGCGCAGUCACCAACACCGAAACACCUGUACAACAAACUUGUACACUCCAAUGUAAUGUAAUGCAAGUAAUGGUUCUUCAAAAAGGUGGAAUUUUCAUGGAGACCAAAUGUACCCGCAAGUACAUAAUCUUCUUAGAGCGUCCGCUUCUAUGCCACGCCAAAAAGCUGCCAGCUUUAUACACCCUUCGAGCAGAGUGAAAUUCAGAGACACCAAAAACUUCUUCUAAGGCUCACCUUCCCUCUUCCCCUGUUUUCUUCUUGCAUUUUCAGGUGUUUUCACUUCAUUUUCUUCGCCCUUUUCUCUGUUGAAGCUUGAAGAUGGGGGAUAAGGAUGAAGUUUUGGAGGCUGUUCUGAAAGAAGCUGUUGAUUUGGAGAACGUGCCGGUUGAAGAGGUUUUUCAGACUUUGAGGUGUAAUACUAAUGGUUUGACAACAGAGGCGGCUCGUGAGAGAUUGGCCAUCUUUGGCUACAAUAAGCUUGAAGAAAAGAAGGAGAGUAAGGUUUUGAAGUUCUUGGGAUUUAUGUGGAACCCUCUUUCAUGGGUCAUGGAAGCUGCAGCUAUAAUGGCUAUUGCUCUAGCCAAUGGAGGAGGAAAACCUCCAGAUUGGCAAGACUUUGUUGGGAUCAUAACCUUGUUGCUUAUCAAUUCAACUAUUAGUUUUAUUGAGGAGAACAAUGCUGGAAACGCCGCAGCUGCGCUCAUGGCUCGUCUUGCACCGAAAGCUAAGGUUCUUAGAGAUGGGAAGUGGGUUGAGGAGGAAGCAUCAGUUCUUGUUCCUGGUGAUAUAAUUAGUGUCAAGCUCGGUGACAUUAUUCCUGCUGAUGCUCGCCUCCUUGAAGGCGAUCCGCUGAAGAUUGAUCAAUCUGCACUCACGGGAGAAUCGCUACCUGUAACUAAAGGCCCAGGCGACAGCGUCUAUUCAGGGUCGACGUGCAAACAGGGAGAAAUUGAAGCAGUAGUUAUUGCUACUGGUGUUCAUACCUUCUUUGGCAAAGCUGCUCAUCUUGUGGACUCCACAAACCAAGUGGGUCAUUUCCAAAAGGUUUUGACUGCUAUUGGAAAUUUCUGCAUAUGUUCCAUUGCUGUGGGCAUGAUUGUGGAGAUUAUCGUCAUGUACCCAAUCCAACAUCGGGCAUAUCGUCCCGGGAUCGACAAUCUCCUUGUUCUUCUCAUUGGAGGAAUUCCUAUUGCUAUGCCAACUGUUUUGUCGGUCACGAUGGCAAUUGGAUCACAUCGUCUAUCUCAACAGGGAGCUAUCACGAAACGAAUGACGGCAAUAGAAGAAAUGGCUGGAAUGGACGUGCUUUGUAGCGACAAAACAGGAACACUGACGUUAAAUAAGCUUACUGUUGAUAAGACUCUGAUAGAGGUUUUCACCAAGGGAGUGGAUGUCGAUACCGUUAUCCUCAUGGCAGCUCAAGCCUCCCGAGUUGAAAAUCAGGAUGCAAUCGAUACUGCUAUUGUAGGGAUGUUGAGUGAUCCAAAGGAGGCACGAGCAGGAAUUCAAGAGGUUCACUUCCUUCCAUUCAACCCAACUGACAAGCGGACUGCUCUGACAUACAUUGAUCGUGAUGGGAAAAUGCAUCGGGUCAGCAAAGGCGCUCCAGAGCAGAUAUUGAAUCUUGCGCACAACAAAUCAGAGAUAGAAAGGAAAGUCCAUGCUAUAAUCGACAAGUUCGCGGAGCGAGGGUUGCGAUCUCUUGCAGUGGCAUACCAAGAAGUUCCAGAAGGAAGGAAGGAGAGUCAUGGAGGGCCAUGGCAGUUCAUUGGACUAAUGCCUCUGUUUGACCCGCCGAGACAUGAUAGUGCAGAGACAAUUAGGAGGGCUUUGAAUCUUGGUGUAAACGUUAAAAUGAUCACAGGUGAUCAACUGGCUAUAGGAAAGGAAACGGGACGACGUCUCGGGAUGGGAACAAAUAUGUACCCUUCAUCUGCAUUAUUAGGACAGAACAAAGAUGAAUCAAUUUCUGGAUUGCCUGUUGAUGACUUAAUUGAAAAGGCUGAUGGAUUUGCGGGCGUUUUUCCUGAGCACAAAUAUGAGAUUGUGAAACGUUUACAAGCUCGAAAACAUAUAUGUGGAAUGACUGGAGAUGGUGUUAAUGAUGCUCCUGCACUUAAAAAGGCCGAUAUUGGCAUAGCAGUUGCAGAUGCAACCGACGCAGCUCGUAGCGCUUCUGAUAUUGUUCUUACAGAGCCUGGUCUUAGUGUUAUCAUAAGCGCUGUUCUAACCAGCAGAGCCAUCUUCCAGAGGAUGAAAAAUUACACGAUUUAUGCAGUUUCAAUUACGAUCCGUAUUGUGCUUGGAUUCAUGUUGCUGGCCCUAAUAUAUCAAUUUGACUUCCCACCUUUCAUGGUCCUGAUCAUUGCUAUCCUCAAUGAUGGUACCAUAAUGACAAUAUCAAAGGAUAGAGUGAAACCUUCUCCUCUGCCAGAUAGCUGGAAACUGGCGGAGAUUUUUGGCACUGGAAUUAUUCUUGGAGGUUAUUUGGCUAUGAUGACCGUUAUUUUCUUCUGGGCGGCUUACAGAACUGACUUCUUUCCUCGUACAUUUGGGGUUUCUAGCCUUCAGAAGAAGGAUGAGGAUGAUUUCAGAAAGCUAGCUUCAGCAAUAUACCUGCAAGUGAGUACAAUUAGUCAGGCUCUCAUCUUUGUUACACGAUCUCGGAGUUGGUCGUUUGUGGAGCGGCCUGGACUGUUAUUGGUUGCAGCUUUUAUUGUUGCUCAGCUGAUUGCUACACUGAUUGCUGUCUAUGCAAACUGGAGUUUUGCUGCAAUAGAAGGAAUUGGCUGGGGCUGGGCUGGUGUGGUUUGGCUUUACAACCUCGUCUUUUAUUUCCCACUUGACAUAAUCAAGUUUGCAAUCAGAUAUGCCAUUAGUGGUAGGGCAUGGGACCUUGUCAUUGAACAAAGGAUUGCCUUUACAAGGAAGAAGGAUUUCGGGAAGGAAGAGCGUGAGCUCAAAUGGGCCCAUGCGCAAAGGACACUUCAUGGGCUGCAGCCACCUGAGGCUAAGAUGUUUUCUGAGCGCACAACUUAUACAGAACUCAAUCAAAUGGCUGAAGAAGCAAAACGACGAGCUGAAAUUGCAAGGCUGAGAGAGCUGCACACAUUGAAAGGUCACGUUGAAUCAGUGGUGAGGUUGAAGGGUCUUGAUAUCAACACAAUUCAGCAGUCAUACACAGUAUAGUGAACAGAAGCUUUUGAAUCUGCACAACGUAGUUAUCAAUCACACGGCGAGAAGAAUGGAGAUCCAUUAUACUUAUAUGAAUGUAUAAAAGUCCUGAUAAACAUGUAAUUUGCCAUACUUAAGUUCAAAAUAUGUAGAAUGAAUAUUAUGAUCAUCCUUGGUUUCCUUCAUGUA